UUGCGGACCCACCGGUUUGCGGGCUGGGCUGCCCUCGCCCUCCUCUGGGCCUUCGCCUUACUCACCGUCUCGUACAAUCCGAGAACUGAAUCCUACCGGGAUGAGUUCGGGUCGAGGCUCGUCAGAAGUCAGGAGUUUUGGUUCACGCUCGCGACAACUGUAUUGAUCAUCGUGUCGUGGCUGACGGUGAGAAAGGUCAAAGUGCAAGUCACGUCUCCGUCAGGCCAUGCGGCCAUCAUCAAGUUCGAGGGUGGAGUCAAGUUCGGGAUCCUCGGGCGAAUAAGCCCGUCGUCGUUUUCCGAGUGGCAUGCGUUCGGGAUUGUCUCGGACGGGAAGAAAGAGCACAUGAUGUUGGCGGGUGCCGUGGGAGACUUUACCAUGUCCUUGGGCUUUGUUGGUGGCGACUGGGUUGGGAUUUGCGUGUUCUUGUCGUUCCUUCUGCAGCCGAGCACGGCGGAGGUAUGCGUGCUGUGGGUGACAAAGGGAGUGGAAGACAAAGGGAGUGGAAGAGAAUUACGGAGCGGAGAUAAAGGGGUGGAUGAGCGAGGCUAUGAAGGCCGGAAGGGCUAUCGUGCACAACACGGCCGUGAUGGGGCGGCCGAACGUGGCUGA